AGGCUGUGGCCGUGUUUGACACGGACUUUUGGUCCACCGGUUGCAACAACGAGCUGAUGUUGGCCAUCAAUCAGCCGGGUGCCAACAUCGACAACCGAGGCACUUUUCCCUACUUCAUGAACGUCAACAAAGCUUGGCCCAGCACCAACGCCUUGCUGGGCUUCGCGACGGGGCGCUACGCCAUAGCUUCGGAGCAGAAGACCGACGCGGAGGUUCAGGCUGAUUUCAUGUCCCGGAUCCGGCAGCAGUUUCCCAACGCGCCGGAGCCCACGCAGUUCAAGCGAAACCCAGCUGAGCGGGUUUUCCACUAUGCCAAAGCCCAGAUGUUUGAUGGUGCCACCUAUCAGCGUUGA